CACAGCGCGGCGGCGGCGGGAGAGUCAUGGCCGCGGGGCUGCCGGCGCCCGCGAUCCGCCUCCGGGACUGAGACCCCACCGCGCACAGCAACAGCUACCUGGAGACUGACCCACCAGCCCCACAGCCACCCCUGCAGCUGCCGCGGUUUCUGCCUCCUCUAAGAUGUGCCCUGGUAACUGGCUCUGGGCUUCCAUGACUUUUAUGGCUCGCUUCUCCCGGAGUAGCUCAAGGUCUCCUGUCCGCACUAGAGGGGCCCUGGAGGAGAUGCCAACCGUUCAGCAUCCCUUUCUCAAUGUCUUUGAGUUGGAGAGGCUCCUCUACACAGGCAAGACAGCCUGUAACCACGCUGAUGAGGUCUGGCCGGGCCUCUAUCUCGGAGACCAGGACAUAGCUAACAACAGCCGUGAACUCCGUCGCCUGGGCAUCACCCACGUCCUCAAUGCCUCACACAGCAGGUGGCGAGGCACGCCCGAGGCCUACCAGGGGCUGGGCAUCCGCUACCUGGGUGUCGAGGCCCACGACUCGCCAGCCUUUGACAUGAGCAUCCACUUCCAGACGGCUGCUGACUUCAUCCACCGGGCGCUGAGUCAGCCGGGAGGGAAGAUCCUGGUGCACUGUGCCGUGGGAGUGAGCCGAUCCGCCACCCUGGUUCUGGCCUACCUCAUGCUGUACCACCGCCUCACCCUCGUAGAGGCCAUCAAGAAAGUCAAGGACCACCGAGGCAUCAUCCCCAACCGGGGCUUCCUGAGGCAGCUCCUGGCCCUGGACCGCAGGCUGCGGCAGGGUCUGGAGGCAUGAGGGGAGGGGAGGGAGGUCAGGCCAGGUGUGUGGGCCCUGGCUCCCAGCUGGAGAGGGGAGGCCCAGGUGGCAGGUAGCAGGAAGCCCAGAUAACCCUCCUCUCCUGUAAGCAGGAGAGCAAGAGGGCUGGGACGAGGCCCCAGGCCACUGUUGCUAUUUCUCGGGAGGGCAUGGGGAGUGAGGUUGGGCAGGGUGGUGGGUGCCCAGGAGGGAGCCGCCCAGGGAAGGGAGCUAUAGGUCAGAGUGGUCCCAGGAUUCAGACACCACUGGAUUCCAGCCAGGGUGCUCCAGUAUUCACAGUCCCCUCCCCUCUUUGUGCUCCAGUGUUCCCCUCUCUCUUAUCAAAACAAAAGCGCCGCCUCUGUCCUGUGCCUGUGCAGGGAGUCAGGGAUGCGGCCAGCAUGAAUGUGAUGGUGUAGAUUUGUGGGGAGACAGUAGUGUAGAGACAGACGGUGAAGAGAUGGUGUGAAAGCUGUGAAACCAGAGACAGAAACCUACAGACUUGUUACUCCAAGCACAGGAAGAGGAGGUGUGGGAGGGUUGGCACUGUGCCUGUGGGUGCUGGUCGUGGCCAAAAACUGUAGAGGUGCAUGACUAGGAGAUGAUCACUCGCUUGCUAGAUCCAAGUUUCAAGGAAAAAUAAAGAUGGUGAACACGAAGGUGUCUCUUGACGUCAUUGACAGCUUGAAUGA